CAAAAACUUCAAAAGAAGAAUUGUACUCGUUCAGCUAAGUGCCUAGGUUAUAGUUUACUUCUCUAGGCUUAUUAUAUAUUGUAUUUCUCUUAUCAUUUUUCCCGUUCACCUGAAGGAGCGCACACGCUAUUCACUUUUGACCCGGCGAGGAAGUGAAGACAAAAUCAAAAUCAAAAACAAAAACACGAUGACCGGAAACACAAUUCCAGCAGUGCCUCGGUCGUAUGCAGAGGAAGAUCCUCUCUUACUGGGACGGGAUGAAGAAAAGUCGAAAACUUACCAUGCAGGAGGAGCUGAAGUUGAUGACACCCGCGUGCCACAAUCCGAACAAUUUAACGAAUCCUCUGGUCGCAGUUCCCCCUGUCUCCCGAUCUGGGCCAUUGUGCUCAUCGCGUUUCUGUCCCUCGGCGCUGUGGCGGGUGCGACGGCGGGAGUCAUUGUCGCGGUUAAUCAUGCGCGGUCUACUAUGGAACUGUCAGGAUUGAAAUCGUCAAAGUUGAAAUUAUAGUUUGAUGAUAUCAUGCAUAAAAUACAACGCAGAAAGUGCCUGUCUUGCAGAGUAGGCAAAAGGACCAGACUGUAAGCCUGUUUCGGGGUAGUUAGAAAUAGAGCUGCUAAAGUAGCAUGACAAGAGGCGUCUUCCUUACGCUUACCGGAACAGUAUUACAAACUGGAUUUCGGCUCUACUGAAAUUUGUCGUGCGCCGCUUCGAAGUUGGGCCUCCAACUGGUAUCCAUCUUAUGCAUUACAAGUUAUUUCAACUUUGUCGAUUUCAACUCUGACACAUCCAUAUCUAAUGGCAAAGGCAACGGCGGGGGCAAUGGCGCUUUCACCCCCACACAUAUCGACGCCGCCCAGUACUACGCGCACGAGCGCACGAAUGGGCAAACCGUAAGGCAUAUCAAAUGUAAAAGUGUCUGGGUCCUCUGGAAGAAUGCAACUUGUGAUGCUGCAGCUGCAUUUGGUUUUCAAAAAAAUGAAAAUCUGUAUUGCAUGAGCAGCAAAGGGAAUGCAAUUUUUGCUACGGGAAGUAGAGGGCAUUUGUCGCGCGGAAUAGGCAUGAUCCAGAAGCCCUCCAAAAAUCUCUGAUGCUAGGGCAAAAAUCACGACCGACAUCAUGGACGGCCAUGCAAAACUUGCAUGACAAGUCUCAGAAUCUUCCAGACCCAGACACUUUUGCACUUGAUAAGGCAGAUCGUCGCGAACCUCCGCGGUAUAUUGAAUGCAAACGCGCCAUCAAAUACGGCUC